AUGAAUUUACAGACUUCGAAGCGGGAGCUCGACUGGCUGCUACGACGAACAUUCUUAUGCCCAUCAUGCUCGACAUUACGUCUUUCUGACCCACGGUCGACACCUCGAAAACGGGUAAGAACAGAUCGGUAUGUUUCUACAUCGAGCUCGACUGCCAUAAAUGCAACGCGACCUGUUCCCGAACGUAAUCGACCUCUUCACCAAGCUCUUGCCGAAGUGAAGAGCAAAGCUUCAGCUCACGUCAAUCUGAGCAGGUUACAGCUAGCAUUGCAGGGACUUGAGACAGAAAGACCAGUUACCCGUGUAGCAAUAAUCGGUCUGAACGUGCAGGACACCUCAAGGCGCAUAGUACGGCUAUUACUAGCAGAUGCGCUUGAGGACGAGCAGACAUGGGAGAAACAAACCAUACAGCAUCAGGGUUCACAUGGGAUAUUAUUAAGAUAUGGACAGCCACAUAACACGAACAUACCACAACGCACGACGCUACCAAUACUGCACAUUCCCUCUCCUUUACUGGAGAGACUGAAUGUGGAGCUGUUAAUUACAUCCAUCAAUUCAGAACACACCAAUGGUUCAGGAGUUCCAGCUGAGGCUUUUCUGGCCCCUGCUGUUGGUGUUCCAACAGCUUUCGACGGCCGGCAAGUCACUGUGAACCAGCCUGUCCAUCGUUCCUUGCUGGUUGCGAAUGACUUUGAAGAGCUCGUUUCUGCCAUUGAGUUGCUAAGCGCAACUCGGUUUCAAUCUCAAGCUGAUCGAGAGGCAGUCACACUCGUGGCAGACUUGCCAAACAACAAUACCCAGUCGCGGACUCGUGUCUUGCUUUCUGAUGUGGCACGAGCCGAAAGAGGUCUGAAGGCAAUACGGACGUCGACUUCACAGGCCACAAUAUACGAGCAUGAAUGGAUAGACUCUGGUAUGCCAAUUCUAACCAAGUGGUUGGAGAAUGACAUCGCAGAGUUAGAUCGUGUUCCACCACUCGUCGUCACAAAACUCAUUGGGUCCUUGAUGACUGCAGCGACUGUCAGUCUCGAGCAACGCUCUUUGACAGCACAGCAGAAAAGUUUCGGCUCGGCCCUCGAUAGCGCUGCUCGAUCGAGAAUCGAGAAUGCCAUCAACGACUUUUCACGAGCGGCUCACCAAGAGCUCCAGUCAGGUCUAGCUUCGGCGUGGUCGUCUCGUAACUGGCGCAAGCUAUCGUGGUAUAAGCUCUUCUGGCGAGUUGAUGAUGUCGGCUUGAUCGUCUCUGAUCUGGUCACGAACUCAUGGCUCCCAAAGACCGAGCGAGCCACCUACGAGAUUUCGGGACGACUUACCCAGAUGGGCAUCAAUCCUACUAUGGCUCAAGUAGAAGUACCACAAACCGAGCACAAGACGGCCUUUGAGGCAGAAACGGCUCGUGCCACGAUAAUCGACCCAGCACCAUCACUACUAACCGUUGCCACAACUGGCCCUGCCAACGAGAUUGUCUUCCCAGAAACACGACCAACGCUAAAGUCGGAUCCAAUGGACGACACAACGACCAUCGAGAUGAGGCCUACUCCGAUAUCUAUCCCAAUAACUUCCACAAUCUCCUUAUCAAGGACAGGGUACAUGCGAGAACAGAUCACGAGCUUGACAAGCACAGCGCAACAGCUUGUUCUGCGGACGUUCUCCAUCUCUGGAUUUUCUGCUGGUCUAUCAGCCUUGACAUAUGUAUCACAAAUUGCACCGACAAUAUAUGAGGCUGGAAGCAUUUUCGCCGUGGGGACAGUAUUUGCUGUGUAUCGCAUGCAGACUGGCUGGCAAACAGCAACGAAAGGCUUGGAGACAGGACUCCUCCAAGAAGGUAGAGACGUAAUUAGACGUGUCACCCAGAGGAUGCGGGAGUUGGUCGAAAUGAAAGCUGAUGAAGCAGUAGCAGGGGAUCCAGUUGAGCAGCAGAUGCUUGAGGAGGCUACGCAAGCUGUUAACAAAACGAAAGCUGCUCUCGAACAGCUACAACAGAAAGCAUAG